AUGCUUCUAUCUCUUAUUAAACUUUUCGGGUUUGUCCCGAACGGGAAACACUUUCGGUACAACACGCGACUUCGAAAUUUAGAACGUAUCCUAAAAACUUCGUUCAAUUCUUCAUAUCGUAACACCGACAAGAAAAUCUUCAUUAAUAAUAACUUCAAUCCUUUAUCGAAAGAUCUUGAUGGAUGUACGAGGAUAAUACGGUUAUUAAUAAUAAACCAAAGAAAUUUUUUGUUUCAUCACCUGCAUCAUAAUGCCAAAAUUGAAUUUUUCAAGACGAAUCGCGGAAUUGGGGUUCUGUCAUCGAACCGAGGACCAACGCACCUUUACCCAUUCAACCCUUACGUUUCCAAUCUUUCCAAAUUAACCUCCAAAAAUAAGCUUUAUAAAUUUUCCUUAAAAAUACCUCGAAACCUAUUCAGGAAUUCUGAAACAAAGUCAUGGAUAGUCACCCAAAUAAUGCUUGCGAAUGCUCUUGUUUUCCUUGCUUGGAAGCUCGCGGAAUUAAACUACGGGGAGCACAGAAAUGCCACAUACUUAAAUUUCAUGUAUUGGAAUUUCACCGUCAGCGUCAAUAAUGUCAAGGAAGGUCGAUGGUGGACGACGUUGACCAACGCCUUUAGUCACAAAGAUUUCGGUCAUUUCGCGGUGAAUAUGUAUGCUCUUUGGGGAUUUGGCAUAGCGGUGUCACGGUUAUUGGGAACUACCCAAUUCCUGCUGGUUUAUUUCGGUUCAGCUUUGACUGCCUCUUUAAGUCAUCUCUCGUACACUUAUUUUUAUUAUCCGAAGUCAGAUAGCGUUAAACGUUAUGCUGGUGCAUUGGGUGCAUCAGUUGUUUUAAUUGGUGACUCGGGAGUUGGUAAAUCCAAUCUUCUUUCUCGUUUCACGCGUAAUGAAUUUAAUUUGGAGUCCAAGUCUACCAUUGGUGUGGAAUUUGCCACCCGAAGUAUUCAAGUCGACAACAAAACCAUCAAGGCGCAAAUUUGGGAUACCGCCGGGCAAGAACGAUAUAGGGCCAUUACAAGCGCUUAUUAUCGUGGUGCCGUAGGGGCUCUGCUUGUCUACGAUAUUGCCAAGCACGUGACAUACGAAAACGUCAACCGCUGGUUGAAAGAGUUGAGAGAUCAUGCCGAUAGUAAUAUUGUGAUUAUGCUUGUCGGAAAUAAGAGUGAUUUAAGACAUUUGAGAGCGGUUCCCACCGAAGAAGCCAAGCAAUUUGCCGCGGAGAAUAGUUUGUCCUUCAUCGAGACAUCCGCGUUGGAUGCUAGCAACGUAGAGCUUGCUUUCCAAAACAUCUUAACAGAGAUAUACCGCAUUGUUUCUAAUAAGGCCUUGGAGAACAAGGGUGGAGAUGUCGCCCUGCCAUCGCCCGGAGAGACCAUUCAAGUAACCUUAUCGUCAGAUGAUACAAAUAAAGCAUCCAGCAAAUGUUGUUGA